AGGAAGGGUCUCUGCAGGUCCAGAGAGGAGGUCCGGGCAGGCUUCCCGGAGGAGGCCGUUGGGGCUGGUUUGGGAAAAGCACUGCAAUUGUUCCGGCUUGUAGCAGGGGUGGGUGCGGGGCAGCCGCAAGAGUACGCCUGUCACCCCGGCCUGGGAACGCACCUGUGGCCGGGGCUGCAGCCUCGGAGCGGCCCGGGACCCCGAGAACCUCGGAAAGGGCGGGUUUCGCAGCCUUCCGGGCGGGGGAGGCUGGACGGCUCCGUCCCCGUGGACUAACAGGAAGCCGAGCGCAGCUACGCGGGCGGCUCGGCAGAUGGACGGGUCGCGUCCGCGUCUCCGGGGCUGCGACGGGCGGAGGAAAGGCGGGUCGAGGAGGAGCUGAGACACCGCCCCCGUGGACCCCAUCCCGGCGCAGGGGGCGAGUUCUGACGGGGCGGGCCCAAGGGGCGGGGUCUGCAGUCCCCGCCCACCCAUAAACGCGCGGGCGGGAUCCCAGGAGCCGAGCGCGCGCUGAGCAGCCCCCGUUUGCGCGCCGCCUGGAGCGCAGCUUUCCUGGGCCCUGCCUGGACAGGCCUGCCUGCGUGCUGGGACAUGUCUGGCCUCCAAGGACCGUCGGUGGGCGAUGGCUGCAGCGGUGGAGGGGCCAGAGCUGGAGGCAGCUGCUGCUGCAGGAGAUGCUUCGGAGGAUGCGGACGCAGGGUCCAGGGCGCUGCCUUUCCUGGGCGGCAACUGGCUGAGCUUGGACCUGUAUCCCGGGGGCUGCCAACGACUGCUGCACUUGUGUGUCCAGCAGCCUCUUCAGCUGCUGCAGGUGGAAUUCUUGCGUCUGAGCACUCACGAGGACCCUCAGCUGCUGGAGGCCACCCUGGCCCAGCUGCCUCAGAGCCUGUCCUGCCUCCGCUCCCUGGUCCUCAAAGGAGGGCAACGCCGGGACACACUGGGUGCCUGUCUCCGGGGUGCCCUGACCACCCUGCCCUCUAGUCUGAGUGGCUUGGCCCAUCUGGCCCACCUGGACCUGAGCUUCAACAGCCUGGAGACGCUGCCGGCCUGUGUCCUGCGGAUGCGAGGUCUGGGUGCACUCUUGCUGUCUCACAACUGCCUCUCUGAGCUGCCUGAGGCUCUGGGGGCCCUCCCCGCCCUCACCUUCCUUGCGGUGACACACAACUGCCUGCAGACGCUGCCCCCAGCACUAGGGGCCCUAUCCACCCUGCAGCGCCUCGAUCUCUCUCAGAACCUGCUGGAUACGCUACCUCCUGAGAUUGGAGGCCUGGGCAGCCUCCUGGAGCUCAACCUGGCCUCCAACCGGCUACAGAGCCUCCCGGCCUCCCUGGCGGGUCUUCGGUCCUUGCGGCUCCUUGUCCUGCACAGCAACCUCCUGGCGUCUGUGCCAGCCAGCCUGGCCCGCCUCCCACUCCUCACCCGGCUCGACCUGAGGGACAACCAGCUCCGGGACCUGCCCCCUGAGCUGCUAGACGCCCCCUUUGUGCGCCUGCAGGGGAACCCCCUGGGUGAGGCCUCACCAGACGUCCCAAGUUCACCAGUGGCAGCUCUCAUUCCAGAAAUGCCCAGACUGUUCUUGACCUCGGAUUUGGACAGCUUUCCUGUGACCCCUCGAGGCUGCUCAGUGACCCUGGCCUGUGGUGUCCGCCUGCAGUUCCCAGCGGGAGCCACCGCCACCCCCAUCACCAUCCGCUAUCGGCUGCUGCUGCCAGAGCCAGGCCUCGUCCCCCUGGGUCCUCAUGAUGCCCUGCUCAGCCACGUGCUGGAGCUGCAGCCCCAUGGGGUGGCCUUCCAGCAGGAUGUGGGGCUGUGGCUGCUCUUCACCCCACCACGGGCCCGGCGCUGCCGUGAAGUAGUGGUCAGGACCCGGAAUGACAACAGCUGGGGUGACCUGGAGACCUACUUGGAGGAAGAGGCACCCCAGCGCCUCUGGGCUCACUGCCAGGCACCCCACUUCUCCUGGUUCCUUGUGGUUUCCCGCCCUGUGUCCAAUGCCUGCCUGGUGCCACCAGAGGGGACAUUGCUGUGCUCCUCGGGUCAUCCUGGGGUCAAGGUCAUCUUCCCCCCUGGGGCCACUGAGGAACCUCGUCGAGUCUCCAUGCAGGUGGUGCGCAUGGCUGGCCGAGAACUGCAGGCCCUCCUGGGAGAACCAGAGGCUGCAGUCAGCCCCCUGCUGUGCCUCUCACAGAGCGGUCCCCCCAGCUUCCUCCAACCAGUCACCGUGCAGCUGCCUCUGCCCUCUGGCGUCACAGGCCUCAGUCUGGACCGCUCCCGCCUGCACCUGUUGUACUGGGCCCCUCCUGCAGCCACCUGGGAUGACAUCACAGCUCAGGUGGUCCUGGAGCUCACCCACCUGUAUGCACGCUUCCAGGUCACACAUUUCUCCUGGUACUGGCUCUGGUACACCACCAAGAACUGCGUGGGAGGCCUGGCUCGGAAGGCCUGGGAGCGGCUGCGGCUGCACCGUGUGAACCUCAUCGCUCUGCAGCGGCGCCGGGACCCUGAGCAGGUCCUUCUGCAGUGCCUGCCCCGAAACAAGGUGGAUGCCACCCUUCGGCGGCUGCUGGAGCGGUACCGGGGCCCCGAGCCCUCUGACACGGUGGAGAUGUUCGAGGGUGAAGAGUUCUUUGCGGCCUUCGAGCGCGGCAUCAACGUGGAUGCUGACCGCCCUGACUGUGUGGAGGGCAGAAUCUGCUUUGUCUUCUACUCACACCUGAAGAAUGUGAAGGAGGUAUACGUGACCACCACCCUGGACCGGGAGGCCCAGGCUGUGCGGGGCCAGGUGUCCUUCUACCGUGGCGCGGUGCCUGUGCAGGUACCCGAGGAGGCUGAGGCUGCCCGGCAGAGGAAGGGCGCAGACGCCCUGUGGAUGGCCACUCUGCCCAUCAAGCUGCCGAGACUUCGGAGCUCCGAGGAGCCACGGUGGGGGGCUGGCCUCUCCUUGGCGCCCUUGAACCUGGGAGAUGCUGAGACUGGCUUUCUGACACAGAGCAACCUGCUGAGCGUGGCUGGGCGCCUGGGUCCAGACUGGCCAACUGUGGCCCUGCACCUGGGCGUGUCCUACCGUGAGCUGCAGCGCAUCCGGCACGAGUUCCGGGAUGAUCUGGAUGGGCAGAUCCGCCACAUGCUCUUCUCCUGGGCUGAGCGCCAGGCUGGGCAGCCAGGGGCUGUGGGACUCCUGGUGCAGGCCCUGGAGCAGAGUGACCGGCAGGACGUGGCAGAAGAGGUGCGCACAGUCUUGGAGCUCGGCUGCCGCAAGUACCAGGACCGCAUCCAACGCACGGGUUUGGCCCCCAAGGACCCCGCUCUGCCUGGCUCGUCAGCUCCACAGCCCCCAGAGCCUGCCCAGGCCUAGGCCCCACAGACUUUGGGCUGGCCCAGACAUUCCCCAGCGGAUGGGCAGAGCCCCCACCUUUGAGCCUCUCCAGUGUGUGGGGACAGGGGUCCCCGUGGGCAACAAACGCACACUGUUUC